GAGAACAAAAUUGCUAAGAUGGCAAUUAGCUUCGCAGCUUUUAAGGUGGCAUACACAACAGUGCUUGUAUGCAUGUUGGUGGCUGCUGCUCAUCAACACGUUGAUGCAUCUCUAACAUGUGCUGAGAUCACAACCUUACUCACCCCAUGCAUCCCCUAUGCGAUCAUCGGAGGGACGGUGCCAACGAUUUGUUGUGAGGGCAUAAAAACACUCAAUGCUGCUUCCAAUGGCACAGCAGAUGACAGAGCUGCAUGCAGCUGCAUCAUGAAUGGUCUUAAACCCAUCCCUGGAAUCAACUACGACCUAGUUGGCACCCUACCCGAGGCAUGUGGGACUACUUGUCCCUACAAAAUUACACCCACUACUGAUUGUUCCAAGGUGGACUAGGUGCAACAUUGUAUGCACUUAGCUUAGUGCAUUUUCUAAUAAAAUAUGGAUGAAAAUAAAGCUCCAGGGAAGCUAGCGUCCGUCCGUGUAUUAAAGCAUAAUGCUGUUGUCUUUUUUUUCUUUUUUCUAGGCAAGAUAAUAUUCAUUACAUGAAAAAAGGAAUAUACAUGGGGUCCAUCAGAAUGAAAAUGGAUAUCAGAAUUCAGACAUACUAUGCUGUUAUGUCUGUUACAACUUACAAGAAAUAUAAUGUCAUAUUGUCUACGAAUUGCAGAGUUUUGUGUCCAAUCUAUUUAAGUUUUUAUAUGCUUUCUGAUAAGAUAAUCUUUGGAACAAUCGAUGCUUAUGCCAACAUGAUUGACUCGUUGUCUCUGGACAUCCUCAAUAAAAAGUGUGCAUGCAUGAGAGAGGAGUCAUUUUCAACUCUAAAAGUCGUUGGCAAAUGAGCUUGAGCCUAACUAUCAUAACUCUUCAACAUCUUGGUUUAGAAAUGCCAACUGAAAGGAGGACCAUGGACCAUGGUUUUCAGAAAAUAUUAAAUUGAAAGCAAUACCAGGGGAAAGGAGAAGGAAAAAGCACCCCAAAAAAAAAAAAUGGGUACAAACUGAGAAAGAGGCCAUCUUGUUUUCAGUCGGUGCAUGAAAGGGAGAAAGAGAAAUUAGUGACAAAGUUUACAGGGUAUCAAAUUUAAACCAGAUACAAAGGAAAAAGGAUG